AUGGAUCCCCCGAUCAGCAGAGACUGGGCUAGCGCCAUAAGUCUUCGUCGUUGUAUUGGUGGCUGCCAGGUCAAAUGGCUGAAACCUUUCAGGGGCGCGGAUCUCCCUUUUCCUCUGGGGACCCCCUUCAACGCUUCUGAAUGGGCCCUUAUCUCCAUCGCGACCGCAGUAAUUUUAGCGCGACUAUACCUCCGACUCGUUCUACAACGACGAAGUCUACUCGCGAGCGAUGUGUUCAUGUGCGCCGCAUGGGCUUCGGCCGUGGCGACAGCAAGCUUCGAUAUUUACUUCUACCGCAUAGGCAUUUUCAAACCUGGUACCACAUUCGAUCUUGCUGGAUUCGAAGGAACAGCUGAAGAGGCAGAAAGCUUCUACAAGAUUUUCCCCGUCUUUAUGGUAAAGCGACGUCGAUUCCUAUGGGUUGUUAUCGUCUACGUUGCCAUGGGCUUCGUUAUUACAAUACUGCUACUCAGCCUCUCAUGUCUACCAGUAUGGAGAAAUUGGACAUUAUCAGAACAAAGAUGCACCGUUAAAAGCAUCAAAACCAACUUUGAAAUUUCCUGGGUUCUCAACAUCAGUGGGGACAUCCUGAUUUUCAUUCUGCCAUGGCUCGUUAUCCCCGAGCUCACCUUGAGGAGAAGACUGAGAUAUAGUCUAUACGCCACGUUUCUCCUUGGUCUUAUCAAUAUCAUCUUCUGCGUAGUCCGCUUUGCCCAGAUUGAGCAAUAUGGUGGAGAUUUGGUGAUCACAAUUAGCCUUGUCGAAUUAUGGAGUUUCAUCGAUGCUUGCAUUGGCCUGAUUAUCGCAUGCCUCCCAUCACUACGACCCUUCUUCAACUGGCGAGAAAAGAUUCAGUACUACGGUCAGAGUAGCGGUCAAGAUAGUAAGGGAGACUCAAGCCAAAACUCGAGGAGACCGAUGAUAUCGUUAGACCCAGAAAUGUUGAGUCAGCCAUCUAACGUUCACUUGAGUGAAGAUAUGCAACGGAGGUUCUCGGUAGUAUAA